AUGGUCAAUCUGACCGAACUUCCGCCGCCUGCCGCCGAGGCACGCGAAGAGAGAGAUGAGAAACCGGUAGACGCCGCGACCCCCGAGGAGGAGAAACCCUCCACUGCCGCCGCCGAUGCCGCCACCGAGGAGCCUGAGAUGGCUGAGAAGUUACCCGAGGAAGAGAAGCUUCCUGCUGCCGAGCAAAACACUCAGUCAUCCACGCGCUUGUUUCCUGUGGGAAACCUCGAGCGCAUGAUAGACGACUGGUUCUCAGCAGGCCACGACUCGGAUAGCGAAGAGGAAGAAGAAGAGUUCGCCUCCCUAGGGGAGCUGGUCCUCUUCCACGUCGUCAAGUGCAGGCCCGAGUUAGACGUGAAUGGCCUGGAGACCAUGUAUACAGAAUGUCUCAUCGCUGGAUUCGUCUACCUAAUGGCAAGUAACGAGCAAGACGUGAGCUACGGGGUCUCGAGAUGGCUCGCGAUGAGAGCGAUGUGGCGAAGUCUUGGUGCUCCUGGUAUCUGGCCCAAGUCGAAGGGUAUGCCGGAGAUCACCCGCAAGCCAUAUGCUUGUCGCUACGCGGUCUUUAAGGAGUCGAAGAUUCUAGAGGAGGAUGCCUCGAAGCAAAACAAUACUUCGGGACUCGCUAGCAGUCACGGGGCAGACACCAAGAAGCCCGCCGCCUCUGCCCCGACACGCCAGCAGCAGCCGUCAGGAUAUCAAUUUCCAAGUCGCAAAGCGACAGGCAGAUCUGCGUCCAGCGUCAACCGCUCCUCGACCUACCCCGCCCCUCGGCGCCCCACCACGAGGAUGGAGGUCAUGUUUAUAUGA